AUAAAUGCAUGACUGUAAAAUAAAGUAGCGUCUCACUGGCGUUUUACUUCGGCCGUGCACACGUGUGAAACGAAUGCUUCUCUCUUGGACGUGCCUUCGCUGGCAUGCAUGCACUCUCAGUCCCUAGCGUUUGGUUGUUGUUUUGUGCAUGAAUACAUCUGGGUUGCCUGUGUCUGUCUUUCGACCCAGACAGUCGCUCGCCCUGCUUUGUAUAACAUACGCGUUUUUCGCAAGGCAAUAGUAACGCAAACCAUCAGUGAUCCACAAGAAGAGAAGAUCUAUGCUUACUCGACCCUGUACUUUUAUACUGUUCAUUUUGUGGAUAACUAUGGCCCAGAUUCCCGGCCAAGAGAAUAAAGAGAAAACUACUGCCCUGAAAGGUGAGCAACUAGACCUGUUGUCCAGGAUAGACCUGGACGAACUCAUGAAGAAGGACGAACCUCCGCUCAAUUUCCCCAAGACGCUUGAAGAGUUUGAGUAUGCCUUCAACGAGCAGGGCAGGUUGAGACACACCACGACGGGCGAGGCGUAUGCGUUCAACGCCCGGGAGGAUCUCCACAGGUGGAACCAGAAACGCUACGAGGCCCUGGGAGAGAUUAUCACUCGUUAUGUUUACCAACUGCUGGAGACAAAGUGCAACCUGACAAAGGAAAUCGUGCCGGUGGAUGCCACAGCGGAGGAGCCCAGGAGCUUCAUCUACCUGAGUGCUGAUGCCAUGUCCAACCCUACCAAGUUGCUGGUGCUCAUCCAGGGUUGCGGGGUGGUCCGGGCCGGCCAGUGGGCACGACGCCUCAUCAUCAACCAAGACCUUGACUCAGGAACACAGAUCCCCUUCAUCACCCGUGCCCAGGAGGAAGGCUACGGUGUGAUGGUGCUCAACCCCAAUGAGAACCACCUGGAGGUGGAGAGGCCGGCCAAGCCCGCGCCCCUGCCCUCCCCCGAGGCCUCGGACGAACCCGCCGAGAAGAGAGAGCGCAAGGACGACCGGGAGAGCAAGAAGAAGAGGGACUUCUACGAGAAGUACCGCAACCCGCAGAAGGAGAGCGAGACCGAGCAGAUCCCCAUACGGGAAAACGGCUCCCCCGAGGAACACGUGCUCUACGUGUGGGACCACUUUGUGUCCAAAGCCGCCGCCAGGAACGUCUUUGUCGUGGCGCACAGCUACGGAGGCCUGUCGUUGGUGGAGCUGAUGAUUCAGAGAGAGGCUCAGGUGAAGAACAGGGUGUGUGCCGUGGCCAUGACCGACUCAAUCCACAACGUCUGGCACCAGGACGCCAACAAGAGCAUCCAGGAGUGGCUGCAGCAGCACUGCCGUAACUGGGUGUCAAGCCCCGAGCCACUGGACACACCGGUGGAGCCCAUGCUAUCAGACUGUCCUCGCGUCUCUGCAGGUACAGAGCGACACGAGCUGACAUCGUGGAGGAGUUUCAACUCCAUUUUCCAGUUCUUCAGUGAGGCUUUACAGACUGGGGAGGAGGAGGAGACCUCCAACACGGUCACUACACGCAGCUCCCACAGAACCAAACCCGACCACGACCACAACCACAACGACCUAUAGAACUGCACCAACAGGAGGGAAACGCAGGGGGGGUGGAGGAGGUGCAUAAAAUCCUCUCCGUCUUCCCUCUCCAUCUUUUCCUCCUUCCUCCCUCAUCUCUGUGUGAUCUCUCUCUCUUCUGGCUGAAUUUAUCUCCCCGCUCGCACGUGUAUUGUUUUACCGGCAGAGUGCAGGGUGGUGGUGUAUACAUUGCAAUAGCGUUUUGCAUUAUUUCUAGAUGAGCGCAACUGUCAAAACAAUAUGGGCUGAGUGUUUGCGUUUCCCGUGGGCUGUGGCUCGUCUGUGGUCCGGGCCACGGAGCAGUGGUUGCAGUGGCUGAGAUUAAGGCUGACAGGCGCUGUGCACAGUGCGCCGUGGUAUACCUCUAAUUGUCCUGACAUCGCCCUGAACUGAGCUAAUACCCCGGCAGCCCUCCCCACCACUCCCCGAGGUCCUAGAGCCCGCCCCUACCCACACAGUCCUCCUCAACCCACACCACUCAUACACUUGGCAUAUCUCCCCCCCUCAACCCAACCUCCUACUGUCACCACAAAACGAUGGUUUUAACUCGAGUAAACAUUCGCCAUUAACAUGAGAUCAUUUUAACGUAAAGUGAGUGUGUUGUUUUUAUGGCUCCCUAGUCACGUCCAUCCCUUUCCCUGUAUCAUCUCCAAACACACACACACACACACACUUCUUAAAACGAUAGUUACAUUUUCUGUCAAAUGAGGUCUUAUUUAUACGAUCGUACUUUUGGGGAGUUGCACUGCAAUGUUUAUGACAGCUGAUAUAGUGGUGGUGUUUUGUAUCUUACUUUCGCUCAAUGUUUAGUUGGAUUUUUAUGCACUCUGAUUCGAUUUUGUAUCGGACCAAAUGAAGUCCCAGAGUCUUAUAUGUUAACUUGAGGUUGACUGUUUUUGAUUUUUAAUUUGUAAAAAUGUCUUCUUCUUUUUUUACUGUACCCUUUUUAUCUGUUUGAAAUCCAUGAAAUUGAUGUCCCCAGAUGAUUUAAUUUGAUGAACUAAAUAAAACAACCAUAACCUGUGCUAGAUAUGAGAAUUCAAGAGACUGAGCAGAUUUUAAAUCACUUAAAGCCCAGCAUCAAAAUGAGUUUUAGGGACAUCUCAUUUUAACAGAAACAAGUAGUCGGUAACACAGUCAUAAAAACUUCAAUACAUCCCCUUUGCACGUGUCGGGAAAUCCAAGAUUUCAAUAUUAUCCUAAGCCUAGAUGAUGUGUCUUCAGAUGCGGGGAGAAAUGUAUUUUCCCAACACUUGCCUCGAGUGCAAACGUAAAAGUGACAAAGAGGAGAGCUCUGCGUGGGUCAGCCUCGCAUAAUCUCAAUCUGGGACAUAAACAAGAUUUUUUUUAUAUAUAUUUCCACAGGGUUUAAGUUAGAAAUCACUCAAAGAAUAAUGGAAUAUCCUUCUAAUAUACCCAGAUAUUUGUAUCACCAGAAGGAGACAGUAAGCCACUGAUACAUGAAUACACCUCCCAACACAGCCACUGUCUAUCCAGACAUGCUUUACCUUUCCACGGCUUCAGGCGAGGUAUUUAUAAGGAGUGUUAAGAAAUGUAUUGGUAUAUAUUAGACUUUUUAUUUUAUUUUUAAUUCUGUGUAAAUAACAUCCACUGGGUGAUAUUUUGAGGCUUUUGUAGGUUAUUAAACAAAUCAUUGCUUUUGUCAGUAAUGAGGGAAGCCGUGUGUGAGCUGUUGUGAUUUUCAACUAAUUGGAUUAAUGUCUCUUUGGAUGUCACUCAUGAAGUUAACUUGUUGUUUGAUUUGGGAAUAUGCGGACUGGUGGAGAAGUUUCAUUCCAGGAUGCUGUUGUUCAUGUGUUUUCCCUGUGCGUGAAGGAAUAAACCGUUGCUAUUUUCCUUCA